UAUCCGUGAGCCUUGGAGUAUUGGUAAUAAGUUUAAGUACAUUGUAAUUAUACCAACACACAGUUUACCCUCAACACUAGAGAAUAUUGUUUGCAAUAACGUUGUCGUUAAUCGUCAAGGAACGUGCUAUAUACACAAGUUCUCAUCGAUUCUUCUCGAACAUGGACGUCACCACCGUCACUGCGCUGUGAGUCAUUUGUCGUAAUCGUAACUAACUGUAUAAGCUUUGCAAGUCUAAGCUUCCCAAAGAAACUAUCAUAUUUACUUAAAGCUUAAAGCUUUAGCAACCGAAGAUUUCAUCUAUAUUUGGAAACCAGUGAUUAGCAAUGGCUUCUCAUGAGGCGUAUUUGCGUCAGAAUUUGACACAGUAUAAAUAUAAAGAUAUGACCCAUAGAGAUUGUAGUAACUUACUUGGUAACUAUCGAGAUUUGAGACCAAAGACUGAUACAUAUGUUUUCAAUGAUGGAGCCAAGAAGCCACUGUUGAGUCUUGAAGGUACAAUACCAGUACAAUAUAAAGGUGCAACAUACAAUAUUCCAAUAUGUAUUUGGCUAAUGGACACUCAUCCAUAUAAUGCUCCAAUGUGUUUUGUGAAACCAACACAUGAUAUGCUGGUGAAACCUUCUCGAAAUGUGGAUGCCAAUGGCCGGAUCUAUUUACCCUACCUCCAUGAAUGGAGACAUCCAGCAUCUGAUUUGAUUAGUUUAGUACAAGUUUUGUGUGUUGUUUUUGGUGAGAACUCUCCUGUUUAUUCAAAGUCUGCGGCUCCAGCCAGACCUGCUUAUCCUCCAGGACAGUCUCCAAGUAGUGGUGGUGCUUUGCCAUACCCACCAACUAGUAAUGUGACACCAGGCUACCCAGCAUCCACUGCUGCUUAUCCAACUCCUGGUUAUCCUGCUCCUGGUAACACUGGAUAUACACCAUACCCUACAACUGGGUAUCCUACUUCUCAAUAUCCAGCCUACAACCAGACAAGCAAUCCUCCAUAUCCGUCAUCAGGUUAUCCCACAGGUUCCACACCUCAUGCUGCUGUGACACACCAAUCUAGUAUCUCGGAAGAUCAAAUCAAAGCAUCAUUGAUAUCUGCUGUAGAAGAUAAACUCAAACGUAGAAUGAAAGAAACAUUUGAACAAGCACAGGCUGAAAUGGAUGUAUUGAAUUCAACACAAGAAAAACUCAAAAGGGGACAAAGAACAUUAGAAGAAAUGAUACAGAACCUAGAAAAAGAACAGAUUGAUGUUGAAAAAAAUAUUAAAUUAUUGACAGAAAAGGAUGAUGAAAUAAAGAAAGUUUUAGCAAAGAUGGAAAAUGAAGAGGAGAUAAACAUUGAUGAAGCUGUUGUACCCACGGCAACAUUAUAUAAGCAAUUAUUAAAUCUUUUUGCCGAGGAGAAUGCCAUUGAAGACACCAUUUACUACUUGGGAGAAGCUCUAAGAAAAAGUGUCAUUGGAAUUGAUGAAUUCCUCAAACAUGUGAGAGAUCUAUCGAGAAGACAGUUCAUUUGUAGAGCUCUGAUGCAGAAAGCCAGACAGAAGGCAGGACUCAGUGAAGUUGCUGUACAUUGAGUUGGUGUGAUUAUUAGCAUUCAGUGUUUGUGCAAUGUAUAUUUGUCUAGUACUUUUAUAUGUUGUAACAUUUAAGGCUAUGGAGAAAGUAUUGUAACCAGUGAUAAGUAGCUGACAUCUGUUAUAUUAUGUAAUACUCAUGUAUAUGAAAAGAAUAUACUUUAUCAAACAUUUAUGCACAUUGAUACCAUAUAUUGAAUUAUUACAGUAGCAACAUUGAUAACAACUUUGAUUACUACGGUGAAAACGUUGAUUACUACCGUAAUGACAUUGAUUACUAUAGGAUACAAGUUAUGUAUGUACUACUACAGUAACACAUUUGAUUACUACAGUAAUGACUUUAAUUACAUCCAUAAAGACUACAGUAAUGGCUUUGGUUACUGUCGUAAUGACUUUUAUUACAACCAUAAUGACUUGGAUUACUACAGUAAUGACUUUGAUUACCACAGUAAUGACCAUGGUUACCACAGUAAUGACUUUGGUUACAACAGUAAUGACUUUGAUUACCACAGGAAUGACCUUGGUUACCACAGUAAUGGCUUUGAUUACCACAGGAAUGACCUUGGUUACCACAGUAAUGACUUUGGUUACCACAGUAAUGACUUUGGUUACAACAGUAAUGGCUUUGGUUACUGCCGUAAUGACUUUUAUUACAACCGUAAUGACUUG